AUGGGAACUUUCACAAAAAUCAUAUUUACUAGUGUAUGUGUGGCUUUCCUGGCUGUCAAGUGGACUGCACCAAGCUUUGAUGCAGGGUCUCUCAGAGGUGCCAGGGUAAUGGUGACUGGGGCCAGUACUGGUAUUGGUGAGCAGAUAGCAUAUCACUAUGCUCGCUUUGGUGCCCAGAUAGUAAUUACAGCAAGGAGGGAGAAAGUGUUACAGCAGGUGGUAGAGAAGUGCCUAAGUUUGGGAGCCGAGAAAGCUUUCUACGUAGCAGCAGACAUGUCCAGUGAGUCCGAUCCCGACAAAACUGUAGAUUUUGCUCUGGAAAAGCUCGGAGGGUUGGAUUACCUGGUUCUCAACCACAUCGGCCCGAGUCCCUUCAGCAUGUGGGAGGGAGACGUGGAGCACACCAAGUGGCUGAUGAAGGUCAAUUUCUUCAGUUACAUUCAGAUGACUUGGAAAGCUCUGGCCUCCCUAGAGCAAAGUAAAGGAUCACUGGUGGUUGUUUCUUCACUUUUAGGUAAAAUGCCCAGUCCCUUCGUGGCACCCUAUACCUCAACAAAAUUUGCCUUGAAUGGUUUCUUUGGGGCCCUUGGACAUGAGCUGGCUAUGAAGAAGAGCAAUGUGUCCGUCUCUGUAUGCACACUGGGGCUCAUUGAUACUGAAUCAGCUAUGGAGAAAGUCAGGGGAGUCACUCGUGUGCCAGCCUACCCUGCCACAGACGCAGCCUUGAACAUCAUCAAAACAGGAGCUACGAGACAGCAGGAGCUCUUCUACCCUUGGUUCACCCAAAUUUUGACUCUGACUAAAGACUGGUUCCCCUCCAUGACAAACUAUGCCAUCCAGAACUCCUACAUCUACAGCCCCUGACAAACAUUAAUGCUCUAAUAAAUAUAUAUUCCACACUGCACAUUUAGCCUUA